UCUGUUUCCAAGUUGCAAAAACCGAUUCCUUCUUAAUCCUUCAGCACAAAGGGCUCAUUGUACCUUUUGUGAAAGCAAAUCCUCGCUGGGAACCUUUGGUUCAGCCAUGUUUUAAUCUCUCUUUUCACUGCCCGGGACGGGUUAAAGUAGUAUGGAAAGGGAAUGGCUACUGUUUGAACAACAACCCCUCGUAUAUAUUAGCAAACGGGUAUCUCUUUUUUAAUCUCAGUUCAUUACCACAUUCUCUUUUUUUUCUUCCUUCUUUUUUAUGCUACUUACUCGUGCACAAAAGCAAGAGAUCAAUCAAGUCUUUGAACUGACCGACACGGUUGGUGCUGGACUUUUAGACGGCGAAGGUUUAUACAAGGCGCUCCGCGCUUUGGGUUUAGAAGUGCCAGUAUCAGAAGGUGGCAUUAACGACCUGCUCCGCUCAGUAGAUAGACAAGAUGAAGGCUAUAUUGAUGUGGACGAUUUCAAAAAAAUUGUAUCAGAUUUAAUGACGCGAAAGAAUGAUGAACAGCGAGAAGACAAUCAUGAUUAUGAUCAAGAGGAAGAAGAUGGGGAUGAAGAUGAAGAAGAGUUCAUCGAUGAUCAUCGACGCGACGACGCAUUUCGUGUGCUGGCUGCAAAGGAUGGAAUGAUUACUUUGGAUAGCCUCCGACAAGCAAGUCAAGCACAAGGCGAGUCUUGGACGACUCGAGAAUUGGAAGAAAUGUUGAAUGAGGCGGACAGGAACCAUGAUGGUGUCGUGGAUCCUGCAGAAUUUGAGCGGAUAUGGAAGCUUGCAGGAUUAGGAUAAAUAAUUCGCACGUACGUCUUACACUAUUGGCUCCUGAUCGCUUUAUGCAGUUCUUUUCUUUAACACUACCAAUGUAGGGUUUCUCUUUAACUAUAUAUUCUACACACCUCUACUACACCUAUCUUUACGCAUUGAUAGCUUGGUCAACCAAGCGAUAGUGUCAUGUACAUAUGUAUAUUCAAAAUUUGUUAAUAAUUGAUUCAAUAUUAUAUACUCCAUUAUCCUGUUUUUAGCCCUAAAGGAAGGUGAG